AUGAUUUCAUUUAGUUGAUUCUUUUCUUGAAUAAAAUUUGCACGGGCUUGCUCGCAAAAACGCGAUGUACCUCAGAGCGAUGUGAACGUCACUUUCCGCGGCAAUGAUUUUAAGAAAUUUAAAUGCCCAAAAUCACACAAAAACAUUAUGUAGUUAGCAUUUUAAUGCUAAAUUUUCUGUAAUUGUCAAUUUUAUCUGCUUGGUUUUAUGCUGAAUAUAUGACGUGCAAUGUUUGGAAUCAUAAGCAGAAGAUAUAGAUUUGUUGAAAGUUGUUUGAAGUCUUUUUCAAGCGUGAAAAAUGUGCGGCUAAUUUCUCUUUCGAAUGCACUCUCAAAUACGAGUUCUCAAGAAAGCAGUCAUAACACGAACAGUCGAGACCCAGAGAAGGUAAAACGUGCCAAACUACUUGAUGUUUUGAUAAUAUCCUCUAUCGGUAUCAUUGGCUUCGGAUACUUGAUGGUAAGACGGACUUUUGGCAAUCAAGUCCAUGCGAAAAGCGAGGAAGAUGCGAACUUCGACGAAGUGUGCAUCAAUAAUGAAAACAAGUUGGAAGUUGUUGAGGCAGGGGCGGUGUUUGAUAACACAAGAAAUAAAAGGAAAAGUUUUAAAGAAACCAGGAUAAUUGGCUAUGAAGACAGGAUUCGAGCAUAUAGCACUCCAGACAAGAUAUUCCGCUACUUUGCCACAAUCCAAAGUGGUCAUUUGGGCACAGAAAAGAGUGAAAUCUACAUGACCCCUCAGGAUUUUGUGCGUGCUCUUACUCCAGGCAUUUUACAACCACAAGGACUUGGUCUUGAUAGAUUUAAACAGUUUGACAAAGAGAAAGAUGCCUACAGAGGCUACACCUAUAGAGAUGGCACACCUGGGGAUAGCGUGCUGCGACAUUUUGGGCAAAAUGGCUUGAUAACAUUCUCUGAUUAUUUGUUCCUUCUUACCGUCCUUGGAACUUCUCCUCGUCAUGUAUCCAUUGCAUUCAAGAUGUUUGAUUUGAACGGUGAUGGUGAAGUUUCAGCAGAUGAAUUUGAUAAGAUGCAAUCUGUCCUCCUCUCUUUGACAUCUGCGGGGAUGAGACAUCGUGACCGAAAAACAACAGGAAAUGUAAUGGGAUCCAAGAUAAACUCAUCCCUGAAACAGUACUUUUUUGGUUCUCAGUGUACGGAGAAGCUAACUACUAGAAGUUUUAUUGAAUUUCAACAGCGGCUACAAAAAGAGGUGCUGUUUUUGGAGUUUCAGUUUUACAAACCAGUGAAUGGGAAGAUAACUGAAGUUGAGUUUGCAAACAUGUUGCUCACAUAUUCAAGUUUUACAACAAAGAAAAAGGAAACAACCUUAAAGAGAAUCAAGAAGACCUUUGCCAGGAGUUCACAGGGAGUCACUUUCAAAGAUUAUGAAGAUUUCUUCCAGUUCCUGAGAAACAUAGGGGAUGUUGAAACAGCCUUAAGCUUCCACACUGCCUGUGGGUACCAUCUAAAUCCAGAAAUCUUCAAGCGCGUUGCCCAUCUUGUUGCCGGUGUAAGAUUGCGGGAUCACAUUAUUGAUGUUGUUUUUAAAAUGUUUGAUGAAAACGAUGAUGGUGAAUUGAGUUCCAAGGAAUUCGUGAGUGUUAUGAAGACAAACCUGAUGCGCGGCUUGGAUAAGCCUAGGGACACGGGAUUUGGUAAACUUGUGAGUGCUGUUGCCCAAUGUGCUAAGCAAACUGCUAAAGACCAAAUUUUUGGCAAGUGAUCAUCGCAAGUGGCAAUAUGCUAUUGUUUCAAAUGAUGAAAUUAUAUAUCUUGUGAGGAAAAAACAAGAUCACAAAGGUAGAAUAGAGCAGCCAAACAAUGCAUGUUAUGUUGCAAUAGGAAUAUUGUUGAUAAAAAAUUAAGGUUUUAAUUACUCUGAAAUUAUCUUUUUGUCAUCAAGGCAUGCAGAGAUAUUCAGAUAGUCAUGUAAUUUUUGCCAUAUAAUGAAUUACAGUGAAGGUAGGAAAAAAAAUUUUAUUGAAAACA